GGCUGCUCGUCGUAUUGAAAGAUUGAAGGCCGAGCCUGGCAAAGGCAAAAACGAGUGAGAGUGUCGCUUGAGAGCAGCUCACUUUCACGCGAAUUUCGUCGAAUUGGCAGCCGCGCGGACACCUCUGCGUCCGAGGGCGCCGGUUGAGCCCGCCUGACCCCAAAUCCUCAGCCGUAACUCGACCGUGCGGAUUAUGCGAACAUGACACUGCACUGGUGGAUGCACUGGUUUUGGGUGACGGUUGUGGCCGUGCUGACUGUCCUGGCGAGCCAUGCCUGGUGCGCGCCACAGUCCGCCCUUCACCCUGUCCACCCCGGCCAUCGACUGUCCGAGCCCUCCGCGCAGUACAUGGCCCUUUUGUCCGACUUAGACCACCCCCCGGCGACGGCGCCGGGCCUCGACUACGGCGGCGGCUACGGAGACGAGGAGGACACCUUUGCCGGCGUCAACCUGUACCCCCUGCCGCACGGCCUGAUGGUCAAACAAGUCACUGACGACUUUGCGACCACGUACGUCCCGCUCGUCCAUAGCAGCGUCGCCGCCUCGCAACACCCUUUCAAAAUCGACUCCCCGGCCCCUCACGAUCAAGUGGUCGUGAUGACGGACCAAUCGAAUCCGCCGGCGCCGACCAGAUUUGGCAAAUCUGUUGACGAAUCUUCUGCUGCUGCAACUUUGGUGCCCAUGAUGCCCAUCCAGUACAAGAAUCGCAACCCGUUCAUCAACGAAGAAAUGCAGAACAGCAGAAACGUGCCCGUCGUGGUCCCAAUAGCUGUCCUAUCCACAGAGAGCCCUACCUCAGAGGCGACUGCAGCUUCCACGUCAGAAACACCGCACAUGGAGGACAAGGUUGCAGUGGUUUUGCCAUCAGAGGUGGCUUCGGAAGCUCCAGACCACGAAGAAGAAGAAGAGGCCAAGUCGGCGCCCGAAACGAACGAGUCCACACCGAGAGCUGCUCCCACAGCCAGCACAGAAGAAGAGGUCCACUUGCAGACUGAAGAGGUCAAGGCUACCAUGCCCACAGAAGAGACCGUUGUGUACAGUGGGGGCAGCCACCCCAUCCCCCCGUGGAUUCCUGACAAAAAACAGGAAGAUCUGGAUAGUGAGGAAGAGGAGAGAGAAAUAGAGCAAAUUGACAGGAUCACAAACGCCCUUGUAGAGGAGGAAACGGCAGAGGAGGGCGAGGCCAUUACCAAGGGCAGGAUGCAGCCGGACGAGGGCCUCGGAACUCCGUCCAUCAUUGCCAUUGUCAUUGGAUUCGUUGGCAUCAUUGGCAUCACAGGUGCUGCUGCUGGAUUCCUUUUGUAUAAGAGGAGCCUGCAGAACAAGCCACAAACUCUGAAUGACAAAAUCAGCAACCCCGACUACAGCAGCUACAUCGACGAUACAUUAAGGGACAAUUCCGAAGAGAUGUACAGUCUGGACAAUGACUCAUUUUUAAAUAGUUUAGAGGCUAUGACAAUUCAAAACUACUGGACCGAAAAUGUGAAGCAUACAAAAUUGUAGCUUCUCUCCACUUUCCAAAAUUUGUCAUUUUCCUUAUCAUUUGAUCUAUUUGCGUGAUGACGAAAUUUCAGAGUGAUUUUUUACGGUCUCAUGUCGUGGAAUUUUAUAUUUCCUCUCACAUUUAUUUUACACUUUUUAACCUUUUCAUACUAAGAAGAUUUGUGAUAGAUUCCGUCUUUGCCGAGAGUAUUUGUUGUUGAUUGUGUGUAUUUUGUAAUUGUGAUAGCAACCAUGAAUGAAAAGAAUCAGUAAACUACGAGUAAUACUAACUAACCAUAAUAGUAUAUUCAUAAGAAAAAAUAUUCAAAACUGCAAAAGCUCCCAUUCUAAAAUCAAUUUUUUUGACCUUGUUUGUGAUAAAUUGGAAUUCCUAAAAACAGACUGAUGACAAAACAAAGUACUUAAUGAAAUAUGCAAGAUUUAAAUUCGGAGAUUAUGGACCCACCACUUGCAGAACAAAACCUAAAAAUGCAUUUUGCUUUUAAAAUAUAAAAGAAAAAACAUAUAGUAUUCCAUAUUCGCGUCGACACUUCUUGUCUAAUGCAGCAAAAUUAAAUAUAACAUUAUAUUAUACAGUAGAUCUAGCAUGACCAAAAUCAAAGUAUAUGUCCUAAAUACUUAAAAAAAGGAAUUUUAUCAGAAGGGUAUAAUUAUAAUAUAAUAUUUUAAUUCAGAGUUUGAUGCAGAAAUUGAAUAUCUAGUGGAAUAUAUUUUUAAGCCGCAUCGUUUUCAAUGUAAUAUUUUUGUCGGGCCAAUAUAUUAACUGAGUCUUUGCAUUGGGAUCAAAUGAUUUACUUGUUCAUUUUGAAUAAAUUCAACCACUUUAAAGAAUUGACCUAGGCCAAAAAAGAGAAGCAAUAAACUAAUAUUACCUAUAGAUGUAUUUUGCUGCAGUUUCAGAGAAUAAAUGUUCAUAAAUCAUACUGAAUUUUGUCACAUAUAUUUUUAUUUAUAAUUUUAUUACACCUCAUGUUUUUAUCCAAUUAGAUCGUUGUUAAUAAGAACAGCUGAGCAGCUAAAAGGAACUACAAAAUAUCCAUUUUUGUGAGUAAAAAUGUCACAAAUCAAUUUGUCUACAAUGGACUUUGAUUACAACCAAAUGCAACUGAUUUGGUUUGAAUUUAAAAACUAGCAACAACCACAUUAUUGUACUACCUAAGGCAAAUAUAUUAUCCUUGAUUCACAUUGAUUCUUGUACAACUGAUAUCUUUGGGGGCGCAAAUGACGCUUUUGAUUAAUUACGGAAACACUCAAGUGUAUUAAAUAUGGCCACACAAAAAAAUGACAAAAAAGCAGUCUAAAAAUUGAUUAGACAAAAUAUGAGGUGUACUCGUGGGGCAUCACACCUCGGCGGGGGUAGAAAGUGUGUGAUACAGAGUAAUGCAUCAGGUUGCUGAUGUUGGAUGUGUAAAUGUCAGCAAAACGGAAGAGCCUUCGGGAAAAAUAGCUGGGAUUCUGGAAAGUUCGGAAGACGCUGCCAAACUGGGGGUUGAACACCAUUUUGGUUCUCUGACUGAAAAGUUCAUUAAAUUUUAAUGAAAUGCAGAAAAAAAGAAUAUAAAACUACAGUAUUAAAUUUGGUUUCGAAAUUAACUUCCGAUUCGAACAGACUGACCUAACAUCAUCUCUUUCGUCCAUCCACUUCUGCAGCACCUCUUGAACAUUCGCUCCACUAUCGUCUUGACAGUCUUCAAUAAGCUGCGUCAACAUUUGCAGCCAGUUGACAUCUCUUUUGAAAUUUAUGUCGUUCAAAGUUUUGAUCUCGUGCUAAUUAAAAAUAGUCAUUAUUUUAUUCUAAAAAAAUUAAGAAUUUUUUACUGCAAGUUCGCUGAUUAUGGCUCCUGUGCGCCAUCCGUGCUGCAAAGUCACAUCUGCCAGGUCACUGUAAGGGUGGUCACCAAAGUACAAAACCUGAUGCCCAUUCCAACCUGUCAUGUCCUGCAGCUGCUUUAUGGUGCCCUGAAAAUAAAUUAAAUUGGAGUACCAAAAGCAAAAAGUUUAUACAUUAAAUUAAUAUUUUCCUUACAACAUGACAGCAAAAAUUUGUAUUAAAAACUUUUAUGUAAAGAGUAGGUCAUCUUUAAAUCAAUUUAUAUAAAAAAAAUCUUAUUUUUAACGGACCUCAUAAUAAAUUUGACCCUUUUCCAGUCUUGUCACUCGGUCCCAAAGCUGCGUCUUGCUGCCUGUAUCGUACAAACGGAUCGGUCUGGACUCAUCGGUGAAAAAUUUGGGUUUCCGAGCCUGAACUAUGAUGACAUCGAAGAAGGUCUGCCAGUCGGCGCCCACAAUGUAACUCAUGCCCUUAUCACUAAA